UCGCGAACAUGGUGCAAAUAGGCCGUAAGCCAUACAUAUUUCUCUGUCUCAAACACACACCUCAAUAAAUCUUUCGAAGGGGUCUUUUGUUGCGUUGGUCAUCGAUUUCCUUCUGUUGUCCACUCGGCCGUGAGGGUGAGAUCAUAUCUGUACUUACUGGCCAAAACUGCAGUUCGAGUUUAUCGUCCAGUUCGCUGCCACGCGGUGUCCUACGCUGUCCGAAUAUCUUCCCAGCCGCGACCUGUGCAAGAUGACAGGCCAACACAUUGGACUAGUAGCGUUUCUUUGUAUCUCCGUCUUUUCACAGACUUCCAUGACACUUCCGGAUUAUCUAUGUGCAAUGAGUGACACAGAAAUGGAUUCGUCAGUAGAUGGCGUUGCAAAGGAAAAUUUGUUCAUGUCCCACAUGAAAGAAACAUUGAAGAAUGCCAGAGGACGUUUCGGACGACAGAAAAGACAAAUUAUUAGUGGGUCUACAAGGAAAUGGGACGCCACGAAGCCAAUUUACUAUGUGCUUCGAGAUGCGGAUCAAAUUCCACCGUCCAAACUUGCUAUGAUACGUUUGGCACUGGAUCUAUGGGAACAGGGCACGUGUCUUCGGUUCGAAGAAAACCUCAACGCAACUGGAGACUUCCUCGAAAUCUACGGAUAUCAGGAUCUGUGCGGGUCCUUGAUUGGACGGAUCACCGAUGGAUCUCCUCAACCCAUUUUCUUAGAUUGCCCCUUGCCGGGUUACAUGUCACAAGUCAUCGGUCUUGCUCUAGGAUUCUACCCACUCAAUAACAGAGAGGACAGGGACGAAUAUAUUCAACUCUUACCACACAAUGCUGACCCGCAGCUAGUGGAUGAGCUCCUCUUGGAUAAAGUGGGCGGGGAGGUGGCAGUGACGUAUGGUGUCCCCUAUGAUAUUGGGUCUAUAUUGUCUGCGACAUCUUUGUUUCUAUCAACUAACGACAAGCCCACAAUUCUAACCAGAAACCCGCUCCUUCAAGGAGCCAUGGGGAGCGCCCUCUUCACUGGCCCUACCUGGUACGACCGGAGGCAAGCUAACAUAGAGUUCUGCAGCACUGCCUGCGAUCUCUUCCGAGAUUUCAUCAUCUUUCCCAAUCCUGAGUUGCCAUGCCAACGCGGUGGCUAUGCCGACCCCACCGACUGCACGCGCUGUGUCUGUCCUGAUGGCUUUACUGGCACUUUGUGUGACAGCAUUAAGACGGACGGUAUAUGUGGAGGCGAAGUGACGUCACCGGGUUCAAUAGAAUCCCCUGGGUAUGGUGGAGAGGGGUUUUCCAGGGGAAACGGUUGUGCUUGGUUACUGAAGGCACCUGAAGGGAAAGUUGUGAAACUUAGAUUAGAAGGUUCCUUUGGUUUAGGAUGCCUCAACACAAGCAAAACCUGCUACGAAUGGGUUGAAGUUCGCCAUUCUGAAAAUCUCCAAAACACUGGACCGAGACUUUGCUGCUAUAAAACCCCAGAAGUUGUCCUGACAUCAGACACGAACGAAAUGCUGGUGAUGUUGAAUAGAGACCCUCUGGUGCCCGAAGACAGUGUAGGACUCCCUUCGGGAAGAACCGGAUUCAGAGCAGUGUUCGAAUUCGUAGAUAAAGAAGCCGUUGGUUACAGCGACUGGGGAGAGUGGAGCGACUGUGGCGCCCCUUGCGGCUCUUGUGGCACGCGCUCGCGCACCAGGACGUGUACAAGUGGAAUUUGUCCCGGACCGAUGAGUGAGACACAGACUUGCAAUACAUUUAUAUGUUCAGACCAGGACGCAGACUUUCGCUGCGGGUGUGACGCCCUUCCGCUUUUCACCCAGCGGCUGGCCUGCAAGAGGUACGUUAACUUAAGAUUGUUCCCAUGUUUAUUCCGUGCAGUUCACAGAAAAUAUGCUACGUUCUUUUAA